AUAAAGAAGGGCCUGCUACUAAAUUCGCCAAAAGUAAGAUUCAGGAGGAGGAAGAAUCCAUGAUGCCUGCAGCUAAGGAGAGGAAUUCAAAGCCCGUGGGGAGCGGGACAGGAAAGGCUACCAAGGAGGCCUGCCCUAGCGCGCAGGGAAGCAAGCAAGCGUACAGCCACUGGCUGAUGAAAUCAGAGCCGGAGAGCAGGUUCGAGAAGGGAGUGGAUGUGAAAUUCGGCAUUGAAGACUUAAAGGCUCAACCCAAUCAGACAGCAUGCUGGGAUGGAGUCAGGAAUUACCAGGCACGGAAUUUCAUGAGAGACAUGAAACUUGGGCAAGAAGCAUUUUUCUAUCACAGUAACUGCAAAGAGCCUGGGAUUGCUGGAAUUAUCAAGAUUGUGAAGGAGGCUUACCCAGACCACACUCAAUUUGACAAGAAGGACCCUCACUACGAUUCCUCCAGUACCAAGGAGAACCCCAAGUGGUCGAUGGUGGACGUCCAAUUUGUGCGGAUGACUAAGCGCUUCAUCCCCCUGUCCGAGCUGAAGGCUCAACACCAGGCACACCGAGCUUCGGGAGGCCCGCUGAAGGACAUGACACUCUUCACCAGGCAGAGGCUCUCUGUCCAGCCCCUGACAGAUGAGGAAUUUGAAUUUGUCUUGAGCCUUGAAGAGAAACCAAGUUAGACAGACUGCAGCAGCAGGACCCGUCAAGACUGAAAAUUCCCCUCCUCCAGCCAGGACCCUCCCUUCCAAGUUUAUAUUCUCAAACCCAACCCCAGGGAAGACGCUGCAAGCGGACCAAAAGGAGGUGUAUAUAUUCACUGUUAUUUUGGUGCACCGUGCUUAUUUUUAAAUAAAGCUUUUUUAAAGUCA